AUGCAGGAUCUUAUGGCCAUAAAGAUUAUGCGUAUUUUUGAGUCAGAUACAUUUAAGCGACUAGCAAAUAUUUUUUUUCGUUACCAACUUCCUUACAUCAUUGAUAAACGCAAAGAAAGAGCGAGUCAUCCCAAGCAUGUGGGUGAAAAUUAG